AAAAUAACAUUUGAAGAUCUUGUUGCUGAUCUUCAAGGGUCCAGCUUUGUAUUUGAGAGGUUUGCUCUUGGAUUUGCGGCAACUGAUGCUGAACUGACAUUGGACGGUUUUCUUUUUAAUAAUGUUGGUGACAAAGUUGCUGCCCAAUUUCAAGUUCCACAACUUCCAGUAACUAAUGACUCUAUGAAAAUACAAACAGCUGCAAACAAUACAGACAAGGAUAACAAAAGCAAUACAAAUACACAGUGA